GGGUACGUCUGUCACUCCAUCUAGUACUACUACUACUGUUGAGCGUCUCUUUUUUUUUUUUUUUCCGGAAAAGCUGUUCAGUGUCCAGUUGUCUAACUGAAUCAUUCAUUUCGCACUUUGAUAAACAAAGCCAUUGAUGUGUGACUCAGACCUUGCUGUGCAACAAGUUAACACCGUCUCUGCUCAAGCAAUACCUUUUCAACCCUAAAUUUCUAAUCACAUUUCAAACUCACCCAUCAAAAUCUUGGAGCUCAAUCCUUGACGAACAAUUGCAUUCUCAGAAAACUCAGUUACACAUUCAAAUGGAAACAGAAAAACUACUAAGAUUAUGCAGAUCUGUUGUGAGCCUUACCAAGGAGAUCGAUAAUAAAAAUCAAAGGCUGUGUGAAAUGGAACACAAGUGUAAUCAAAGGCUGCUGGAUAUGGAGCACAAGUAUAAUGAUUCAUCUUCAACUCUAAGCAGACUUGUUUUGGACCUUACUAGAGAGAUUGAUAUAAAAGAUCAAAUGUUUUCAAUAAUGGAGCAUAAGUAUAAUGAGGUCUCUGCAACUAUUAGUGGGUUGAUAGAGGACAAGAAGAGGUUGCAUGAAGCAUACAGUGAAGAACUGAGACAGAUGAAUCUCAUGAGACUACAGAAUACAAAACUGGAGCAUGAGCUGGAAUAUCUAAAGGGAGAACUAGAGAACGAUGCCAAAGAACAGGAGAAGUGUAGUGCCCAGAUUGAGUUGGAGCAGAGAAAGUUGAUUGUUGAGAAGGAGAAAUCAACGAAUGCUGUAGAAACUAAUGAUAAUGAUGCCUUGAGAAAUGAAUUGGAGGAAAAAGGAGAUGAAUUGCAUCAUAUGGAAAGCCUUAUUCAAACUCUGAUACUUAAAGAGCGAAUAAGUAACGAUGAGCUGCAAGAUGCUCGCAAAGAAGCGAUAAGGAGAUUGCAAGAUAUGCUGAAUAACUGAUCAACACUAGUAAUAAAAAAUAUGGGUGAGGUUGAUCAAAAACCUUUUCAAGAUGUGUGCUCGCGGAUGUACUCAAGUGAAGACUGGGAGGAGAUAUCUGCUCAACUAUGUUCUUUGUGGGAAGGAAAUGUGAAGGAUCCUCACUGGCAUCCUUUCAAGAAAAUCAUUAUUGAUGGCAGACUGCAAGUAUGUCUGCUUACAAACCAUAUAUAUGUCCGUGUUAUUAUUACAUGUUGGUAAAAAUCAUCAGCAUAUCUCCGAAAUUAUCCCAUUUUCUGGAGCCCAUACGGUAAAGAAGUUAUUUGUCAUCUUCUAUGGACUUUUCUAAAUGUGUAAACUACCUGUGUCAAAUACACUUGGAUAUGGCCAUGAGAUAUAUAUUUGACUUAUCUGUUGGACAUGUAAGCGUAUCUCAUAAUUCAAGUUUAGAAAUAUGUUCACAAAAUUAUCUUUUUAUAUUUGUUUUGUUCCAGUAUUGCUUCAUAUUCCAUAAUGAAUAAGAUCAAUAUAGAGCCCUAUAUAAUUAAAUAUUUGACCGCCACCCUAUGUCCUUGAAGUUGACGAUUUUGAUAAAUAGAACACUUAGAGAUAGCCACCCGGCACGUUUUCCCGGGUCAUGUUGUAUAGGUAAUAGAAUUUCUAACAUGGAUACACCUGAUGAGAGCAGACAGUGGAAAGAUCGAAAUACUAUGAAUUUGCAUUAGACUUCAAAAUGAGGAAUUCAUUUAUCUUUUUGUUCGUUUUACUUCAGCAUUUAAAUUUUUUAGAAAGACUCCUAUUAUGACAAAAGGGAAAAUGGUAUUUUUUGGGUGUCCUUUGAAAAUUUUAUUUUGCUCGAUCAUGUUGUAAGAAAGAAAUCCAUGGUUUAAAAUCGGCUCAGGCUGGAAAAAAGUAAACGAGCUCCACGAUUUGUCAGAUUGUAUCAAUUUUAAGAAUUCAUCACUAAAUUUGCUGCUAUUAAUAUUUAUAGACACACACACAUGAAUAAAUAUUUGGGUAAUCAUAUGCUUACUUAAUUUACUUAAUUUACAUUUGGUGUUCAAUAAUAAUCUUGAGAAGUGCAGGAAAUAAUAGAUGCAGAUGAUGAGAAGUUGAAAGAAUUAAGAAAUAAAUGGGGUGAGGAGGUUUACAAUGCUGUAGCCAAUGCAUUGGUGGAACUGAACGAGUACAAUCCUAGUGGGAGGUAUGCAGUUCCUGAAAUUUGGAAUUUAAAGGAGGGAAGAAAAUCCAGUUUGAAAGAGAUCAUUCAAUACAUAAUCAAGCAAUGGAAAACUCACAAGCAUAAAAGGAAAUGGAGCUAACCUUAGCAUUUUUUCUUUCAUGGUGCUAGGGGGUGUAUUCAUGAUUUACUUGUGUAGGUGUGUCCUGCUGUUUUUUACAAGAUUUUUCAACCAAAUGGUUUGAAGUUUGAGGAAAUCAAAGGAGAAAACAACUGCCAUCUUCACUAUUUGUUGGGAAGCUUACAAGUUAACUAGCUGUGUUAUCCAAAAUUUUGCAGUGGUUGGAGCUCGAGCCAGAUCAAAAAUUCGAUUCCAUCCAGGUUGUGAAACAGAACUUCUAUUAAUCGUCAACGGUUAUCUCAGGUGUGGCAGGUUUAACUUUGUGUAGGAUAUAAAUCGAUAGUUAUCUAAUCCUAGCUCAGGUCAGGGAGGUUCUGACUUUGUGUUGAUGCAAGUAGAUAGUUAUUUAAUCCUUCGUAAAAUAUGUUUGUCUUGUCUGCAGAAAUGCUUUAAAACAGGGGUACAGAGGUGUUUAGAAUGGUAGGAACGCUGGGGACGAACUAAUUUUAUAGGUUUUUCAGUUUCUUGCAGAAGGAAUUUCCCUACAUAGAAUUAUAAAAAGUGGUUUAGUUUUGGUGUUUUCUGGGAACAAAAUAUUUGCUUGAACAUGAAUUGUACAGAGUGGGUAUAGUGGAAGCUACUUUUUUGGGCACCUUAUGAUGCAAUUGCCUUAAUAACUAGGUCUUUUCUGAAGUGGUUGGUUGAUCACCAUACCAUCUUUGUUCCUUUUUGUUGUUUAUUCACGUUUAUGUAUUGAAAGGCUCAAUUAUGGGUAGCUUUUGAACUCCAGAAUUGGGGUGUUUGGUAGUGUCUCUCUUAGAACUGUUUCUGUUCAAAGACAGUUUUGAAAAUGCGUUUGGCAGAGCAUUUUUCAGAAAAUUUCUUGAGAGGGUCUGCAUUUAGAAAAUUUAGUAAACCAUUGAUAUGAAACCAAGCUUUGGCUAGCCUAAGGCCCAAUCUAAAUAUUAUGUUUGGCGGCACCAAAUCGACGCCUUGAAUUUGGGAUCAAAAAAAGUUUAGUAAAAAUUUUAACUAAACUUCUUUCAAUCUCAAAUUCAAAACACUGA